AUGUAUCGGGACAUUAGGCGUCAAUACUGGUGGGAAAAUAUGAAGCGGGAUAUUGCAGAAUAUGUUUUAAAAUAUCUCACCUGCCAGCAAGUGAAGGCAGAACACCAUAAGCCACUAGGUCUUUUGCAACCAUUGCCCCUCAUCGAAUGGAAGUGGGACUGUAUCAGCAUGGACUUCAUCUCGGGACUUUCAAAGACACAUGGGAACCAUGACUCCAUUUGGAAAUAUGAACUGGACGCAUCUCAUAUCAUCAACUGGGAAGAGAUAGAGUUGAACGAUGAUGCCAGCUACAUGGAGGCUCCUGUUCGCAUUCAAGAUCACAAAGAGCAAAUCCUGCACACCAAGAACAUUUCAUUAGUGAAGGUCCUUUGGUCACGUCGCGGGGUAGAGGAGGCAACGUGGGAGCGCCAAGCUGACAUAGAAGAAAAGUAUCCACACCUUUUCGACAACCCCACUCAGGUACAAUUUUGA